AUGACCCCCAUCGGCGAAGAGGGUGUCACAGCCACGGACGGGGGUGGACCAGGGGACCCCACUGCCGGGCCUCAGGCCGGGAGCCCUGCCCAGGAGGGCUCUGUGGACGCCGUGGAGGCGGAGGCGACUGGUGCUGGGUCCCAGGAGGCAGGGGCGGGGACCGCGGAGUCCGCCUCCCUGCCCAACGCCAAGAAGAAGAGGAAGGUGGCGCUGCUCAUGGCAUACGUGGGCCACGGCUAUGCGGGCAUGCAGCGCAACCCCGGGGUCCGAACCAUCGAGGAGGACCUCUUCCGCGCCAUCCACAAGGCGGGCGGCAUCUCCCACGCCAACUCCGACGAGGCGGGGUUCUCCAAGAUCCACUGGAUGCGGGCGGCGAGGACCGACAAGGGCGUGAGCGCGGUGGGCCAGGUGGUCAGCCUGCGCAUGGUGCUGGAGGACCCCGAUAUCCUCGCCAAGAUCAACGCCGAGCUGCCCGCCCAGGUCCGCGUGUUUGGGUUUGGACGGGCGACGCAUGGCUUCGAUGCCAGGAAGCACUGUGACAAGCGGCGGUACGAGUACAUCCUGCCGGCUUGGGCCUUUGACCCCGCCCUAGUCCCUCCCUCCAGCCUGCUUGGGGAGGAGGACGGCGAGGCCGUGCCGCUCCUGGAGACGGAGGAGGACGGCGAGGCUUCCACGGCCCUGGGUGAUGACGAGGACGCGCCGGCCGCAGGUGGCGACGCCGCUGGGGAUCCGGGUGACGCGCCGCCGGGGACAGGGGGAGGAGUGACCCCCUCUGUGGAGGCAGACGGCGCGCUGGCGGCUUCGACAGGAGUGUCACAGCCAGAGGACACCGGAUUCAUAUUCGAUGCGGCGUGUGCGGCCCGAAUGACUUCCAUCCUCUCCGCCUUUGAGGGGACCCACAACUUCCACAACUUCACGGUGCGGGUCGCCGCCUCCGCGCCAAAUGCGAGACGGUAUAUCCUAUCGUUCAGGUGCCUGGGGGCCUUUGACAUUGGCGGGAAGCCGUGGGUGAGGCUGGUGGUGGUGGGCCAGUCCUUCAUGCUUCACCAGAUCAGGAAGAUGGUGGGACUGGCCAUGGCCAUUUACCGGGGGGCGGCCCCAGCGGACGCCAUCUCCCUGGCGCUGCACACUCGAAUCGGGCUGAGCGGGCCCAUGGCUCCUGAGCUGGGGCUGUUUCUGGAUGAGUGCUACUACGACUCCUACAACACCCAGUUUGGCAAGCUGCAUGGCGAGAUCCACCUGUCCGACUUCCAAAGCCACGUGGACGCAUUCAAGGCGGCCCAGCUGUACCCGCACAUUGCGGCCCAGGACGAGAAAGAAGGCGUGAAUGCCGUCUGGUUCACGACGCUGACAGACCGCUACUACCGUUUCCGCGGGUGGCGGCGGGCCGUCACCACCAACACGCCCAUGCGCCGCGAGGAUGGAAAGCGCGGCCGGCCCGAGGGCGGCCAGACGCGCUUUGGGCGUGCCAAGACCGACGCACGGGGGGGAGGGGUUGGUGCCGGAUUCAAUGCGGAGUACUCUGACUGA